CAAAUCUUAAGGCUUCAGAGGUUAUUCACAAUGAAGUCCUCGCUUGUAAUUCUCCUAGGCGCUGUUGCUUCAACCGUCGCUCAGACUGCGACAACGACCGAGCCGUCGUUGUCGGACAUUGCCGCCAGUGCUGCCACUAUUGAGCCUUAUUCUCCAGUUUCCAACGUCGAGGGCCUUGCUUUCCAGCGGAUCUUCCAGGUUUGGUUCGAGAAUAUCGAUUACGAGGAUGCCGCGGCGAAUGAGAACCUGCAGUGGCUAGCGAAACAAGGAAUCGUCCUGUCAAACUUCUAUGCGGUCACUCAUCCCUCUCAACCAAACUACUGCGCUGCAGCAGGAGGCGAUACAUUUGGCAUGGAUCAUGACGAUUUCCUGCGAAUUCCGGCCAAUGUUUCCACUGUCGUAGAUCUCCUAGAUACCAAGUACAUCGCCUGGGCUGAGUACCAGGAACACAUGCCCUACCCCGGCUUUGAAGGAUUCAACUAUUCAAACCAAGAGACCUACGCCGACGAUUAUGUGCGAAAGCACAACCCGCUUAUCUUGUACGACUCUGUCGCUGAGAAUGACAUGCGCCGGCGUCAGAUCAAGAACUUUACACAUUUCGACGAUGAUCUAGCCAGCGAGAAGCUUCCCCAAUGGGCCUUCUUUACGCCCAACAUGACCAAUGACGCCCAUGACACCAACAUAACCUUCGCUGCUAAUUGGCUUCGUGGCUGGAUUUCGCCUCUGCUCGAGAACGACUACUUCAUGAACGACACUCUUAUCCUCAUCACUUUCGACGAGGAUAAAACUUUCCCGAAAGACAACCGCAUCUUCAGCAUUCUCCUGGGAGGCGCUGUCCCCGAGAACCUACAUGGAACUGAAGACAAUACCUUCUACACCCAUUACUCGGUCAUCGCCUCUGUCUCAGCCAACUGGGGUCUUCCAUCCCUAGGCCGUUGGGAUUGCGGGGCUAAUAUCCUUGAAAUCGUAGCCAAUAAGACUGGCUAUGUCAACUACAAAGUUGACACAACGAACCUUAGACUCAACCAGACUUAUCCCGGCCCUCUCUCGAAUGGGGAUUUGUCCGAAUACUCGCCGGUAUGGCCAAACCCAUUGACCGAGGGCGACUGUUCAGCGGGUCAUGGGAUCCUUGACACGGUCAAGGAGACAUAUGCUGGGACUCAGCCCACGUAUAACUACACCAGCCCUUUCCCUUACGAUUCUAAGAGUGGGUACAACGAAGAUGUUGAUGCGACCCGCAAAAGCUCAUAGUUCCAUAGCAACAGCGACUCCGCCGGUUCCUUCGUCGAAUGCGGCAAUUUACCGGAAGACUGCGCUACUAUAUGUGUAUGCUGUUUUUAUGUGGUUACUUGUGCAAGAUAUCAUAUGAAUCAAUAUAUAACG